AUGGACACUCAAUUAACUGAAAAACAAGUGUCGAAAUCCGGUGAAUUAACUGAAGUGACUGUGGAUUCAACAUCUGAAGUUAAUUUAUCGACUGUAAUGAAUAAUACUUCAGAAUCACAAGCACAACAACAAAAUACUGCAAUUAAUAUAGAUGAUCGUUUUGGUCCUAGUUGUGCUUCUGUUUUAUCGGACAUCGAAAUUUUUGACAACAUAAUUAAACGAAGUAAAUGUGUAGAUCGUUAUCGACGAUUGUACCUUUUUAUAGGUUGUAUUCCAACACUUAUUAUUACAUGUUCAAUAUGGAUUAUAUGGGCCUGUAUAAAUUGUGACGAGAACGUUUCUCUAUGUAAAACAUCGCACACAUUACAUACAGUUGGUAUUGUAUUCGCUUGUAUCACUGCUUUGAUAUUCUUUUGGGCCAUUUAUUAUGGUGCGAAACAUUAUAUGAAUGGACGAAUUUAUGCAAUUUUACGGAAUAAUGUUCGUUAUUUAAUUAAACUGGAAGGUGAACAAUGGAUUUCAUACGUUAAUUAUUUAUACGGACCUGAUCGUGCGGGUUUUAUGCAUUUAGGAGCUGUUGGAGCUUUUACAUUUUGUUGUUGUCGUCGGCCACAUUACCAACAAUUGAUUGAACGAGGUUAUGGUUAUAUCGUCUUGUGUAAACAUGGUUUCUUACUUGAUGAAAUGUUCAGUGUCGUUCGUAAUGAUACACACAACAUUUUGAAAGUGGUACAUCUUUUGGGUACAGGAUUAAGGGUACUUCCUGAAUUUCUCGGUGAAGAUGUUAUUAAAGAUAAAGGUCUUUGUUGUCGUUUUGUUAUUGCUAAUGUUCCACGUGAUGCACCUGUUACUGAGCGUGCUAUUCCAUUAGCUAUAUUUCAAUCAGAACAAUCUAUACGUAAUCAUUAUUUACGUAAAUGGUUACGUCUUUCAACUGUUGAUAAUCUUGAUAUACUCAUCACCAUUCCAGCUGCUUUACAAAAUAUUCGUAAUCCAGUACCACGUGUAUCACAUCCUGAUUGGUUACAUAAACGUUUAGGUGAACAAUAUAGUUUAUAUAAACAAAAACGUAUAACUAAUGUAUUUAGUUCAAUUGAUAAACAAACACAUAUAGAUAAUAAUGGACAACAAUUAAUAUUAACAAAUGAUAUUGAAGAUAUAGGUCAACAAACCGAAUCAUCAAUAAAAUUAAUAAGAAAACAACAAAAAAACAUUAAAACAAUUGUUCUUGGUUCACCAUCAUCAUUUGGUCAAACAACCUAUGUUAGUUAUCGUACAUCAGUUGAAAAUAAUAAUAAUAAUAAUAAUGCACAUGAACAAUUAAAACAAACCCAACCAUCAAGUGGUUAUGAACGUACAAUUAAUAAUUGUUCAAAACAUGUCAAUCGUUUAUUACCACGUUGUUCACAAGCUUAUUAUUUAGAUGAAUAUUAUUUAGAUGAAAAUCAUUUUCAUGAUUAUUAUACAGAUAUAAUGACAGAUUUAAGUAAUCCAAAUAUUGAAGGUGUUUAUGAAAUGAAUGUACCAUUAGAUUUUCGUUUACUUGUUACACUUGAUUGUAUAUGUUCAUUACGUAAAGAACAAUAUCGUACAAAUAUGCUUUCAAAUUUAUAUCAAUAUGAUGAAUUAGAAUUUUUAUCAUUAUCAGAACAAACAGAUUGA